CUUCUAAAGAAUCAGGCAAUCUUCUAGAACGCUGGAUGUGCAUCCCACGACGUCAUCGUUUGUCUUCCCGCCAUUCCAGAGACUCAACGUACCAUAGCCAAAACACCUUUUAUGAACGCUCACCUAAAUGGAAUGACGCUCUUUAUGCAUCUUGUCAGCAAUCUAUAGGAAUAAUCAUGGCAGAAACACAAAUUUACCCUAUCGGAACCCGCAGCGAGUGUGAACGUCUCGUCCGAGACUGGGGUUUCCGACAUAUCUUUACCUGGUCUGAUGGCAGCAAUGCAUAUUACUCGCCCCAUAGACAUGCGGGCUUAACAACACAUCUUAUUCGACAGGGUACCCUUACAAUUACGUAUCCGGAGGACAAUGUUCAAUUCAAUAAUGGGGAGGUUAAGAAGGAGACAUUUGGGGUUGGGGCCCGGGUCGAUGUACCGGCUGGAAAGCUGCAUGAGGUGUGGAUUGGGGAAGACGGGUGUGAGUAUGUGAUUGGGGAGUAGAAGAGUUCGGAUACGGUUGGUGCAAGGUGUAUAUAUCAUACGACUAAGGUUCUAAUGUGAGCGGCAUGCAUUUUUGGACUCUUC